AGUAGAUGUAGCGGUAAACGUAAAAGGCUACUGCUUCUUCAGUGCCUCGGUUAUUCUCAUCAGUUACUUGCUUAUUUCAGUUUAAAUCGAAUAUCGAGAUACUGCUCAGUUAGAUACCCGACAAUAAGUAAGUACCUAAGUUAUUUGUUGAGGUAGUGACGCUCUCAAAGCCGGAAAUCACCUCGUGCUGUUUCACCCUCCAUGUUCAGAACUGAUACAUAGAUUCACGAAAAAAGAUGAAAAAUGGUUGAGUUCGACGGAGCAAGUGAUAAAACUCACGUUCCGCACGCGAGUGAUAGCGCAACAACUACAUCCGAAAACAAGCUUCGCUCACCCGACAUCAAACAGCCCUCGGGAACCACUACGAUGACCUCGACAAUCGCACCAGCCCCUCCUCCUCCUCCCUCUCCCACCUCCAACAGUACUUUUUCACAACUAGGAAGAAGCCCACCAGGAGCACCUCCGAUUCCGAAGCCACCAUCUACUAAAAACUCUCCCGCCAACACUAGUCAUGUACAGAAGGCACCAACCCCUGCAAAGAACUCUCCCAAACAAGAAGAUCAUAGUACUAGCUCAUCCACAACAGAAUUUUUCUUCGAAGAAGAGGGCUCACUUGGAAUAGAGUUUGAAGAUUUUGUCCACCCAUUUCGCGUAAUAGACUUACACGACGGCCUCUGUAAGAAGCUUUUUGAAGACACCUUUCCGGUUCCGGGAGUACUUGUGUCGAUCAACGGAAAAACGAUCUCGUCGGAAACGGACUGGGAUAAUGAUCUUGUACUUUACAUUUUUUGUCGUGGAUGUACAUGUAUGAUCAGCAACAGAAGUGUAGUCUGUUGAGCAGACAUAAUAAGCAACGACCUGCUUAGUUAUCGAUUCAUCAACUUCUGCUUUUUCUGCAUCAAGUAGUAUCUAUUGAUUCUACUUGGCUAUAAAUAUCACCACACGCACCACAGGUUCCCCAAAUCACUUCCCGUCCUCUCCGCAUCGUUGUCGAAAAAGAGGAGAACCAAGCUAGUCGCGUAGUAUCCGGUCUCUUUUCAUCAUUCUCCUCUGCAGCACAGAACGCGGCUAGUUUGGCCAAAGACUCAUACCGGAUAGCCAAGGAUAGCGCGCAGACAGCAGCGACAUUGGCCACUAUGUUGUGGGAAUUGAUCGAUGAUGUUGUUUCAGUUAGAUGUUGAAGAGCAUGAUCAAAUUCAAAGAUACAGUUGCGCCUGGUGCUCAGCUCUUGAUGUUCAUGAGAAAACUAGAGCUAUAACUGGGUGAUCGUGAUUCAGAUUGUAAACCUGAUUCUUGAUUUUAUUUCCCCUCUAAACCCACCUCCGCACCGGAGAAUGUGAAGAGUGCGGCAGCGAAGAAUUUAGAGAAGGUUAGUGGAAAAGUUCCAGAACAGCUCACGCACACAGCGAGUGUGCUCAGUGGGGCUUUCCACUUCCUACAGCCAGAUGACAGCCCUACUGACGAAGACCAGAGCGAGAGGCUGCAGAGGUAUUCAGCAAUCGCAAAGUUGGGCGGGGGGGAAUCGUCGGUAUGACAGGAAAGAUAGAUUUCUUCUUGAUUUGUAGUCUACCUUGUAGUCUAUUGGUCGUUUCUCUGUGAAAACAAGAUCACUGUACUCAUCGAUCGUUCCUAGUAUUCUGCAGUUAGUCAUGUCUCCCCGUGUCCUAUAAGCAUCCUCCCGACCACCUAUUUCAAAAUCUGCCACUGGGAGCCAAAGCAAUGCAUCGUCGACCUUUAAGCCCGAAUCUCGAUUUGGUGCUGCUGCUAGGCCGCCUCCCGCUAGUCCAGACCUGGCACUUCUGGCAAGCCCUCCACGAGCAAAAAUCGCAGCAGAUGAGAACAAAACUGCAGAAGGCAGGCCAACAGACUCUUCAGCGGCAUCAUCGUCGUCUUCUAGUUCGUCCACAGAUUUAGCUGGCUCUCUGCGCAAGACACUUCUAGAUGGUGACGAGAAAAGUGGUGAUGCUGAAGGAGGCAAUCAAACCUCGUCUAAGACGCAAAGUACUUCACCCAAACCAGAUGCUGCACAUGAUCAGGACAAUAGUAGUCCCAGUAACAGGACAACAUCAUAUCAUGAAUACACUGCCAUGCUGGUUGACGAUGGGCCUUUGGGAUUGGAGUUCUCUUUAGAAAAAGCAGAAAAGAGCGAAGGUAGUGGUAGCACAUCCUCUAAAGCAUCUGCGGCGGCAGAUAGUCGUGGCCUUGACCGUGAACUACCUCGUGUCUUCGUGCGACACGUAGAUCCCUCGAGUAGCAGUCAGAAGAGCGGGGUUCGACCUGGGGACGAAUUGCUCAAAGUCGAUGGCCAGCAAGUCGCGUUUGAAAGCGUCCAUGCAGUUCAAGCGGUGCUCGAAAGUCUGCGACCUGUUCAGUGCUCGUUCCGCAGAGCAAAGCCAAGAGCUUCUACGAUGAAAAAAGUUAGCAGUCCUGAACUCUUAGAACAACAGCAACUAGAAGGUGCAACUACAAGAAGUACUAGAAGUAGUACUAAUGCAGCUGUAGCUGAUACGGAGAUGAAAUCCCCACCAUCAAGUACGAUAAGGACCGUAGCCGGACCACCUGGAGGUAGUGGGAGUCCUGGCAUAUCGUCAAAGCGCUCUCCAAAGGGCACCAACAAAGGAGGUUCUUCACCGAAUUACGCAGGAAGAAGCCCAUCUACUUCUAAACAAGGUCUAGCGCCGUCAUCGAAGUCAACAACAAGCAGUAUGACAUCACGUAGUGGGAGUAAAAUUCAUGCGCAGCAAAAGGAGGUGCCAGAGGUGGAUGCGAAUGCGCCUAUGCUGAUAUCGCCGUCAUCUUCAGCCGUGGGAACAAAGAUAAACCUUCAGUCGCCAUUAGGACAAACUUCCGGCUCAGCUAGAUCUUCUAGCUCGUCUUCUUCGACAUCAAAAGCAGAGAAAUCGUCAGAUGACCAAAACAAAAACAAUGAAGAUCUCGAGAAGCGAGUCGAAGAGUUAAAGUUGAUGUCAUCUCACUGGGAAGAGCAAGCACGAGGAGGGCAUGCGAAACUGGUGACGCUGACGGGAGAAUACAACUCUUUGGUUACGGCGCAUGAAGAGCUGGAAGGCGAACUAGACGAGCUUCGAUCAAGAGUGGGGGAGUUGUUAAGGCACAGUCUAGAACAAGUGAAUAGUAACACUUAGAACAACGUCAUCCUGAAAUCCUAGCAACAUCAAGGCAAGAACCAAAUGGUUGGGAUGGUUCCUUCCCGAAACCAAAAGCUAGCUCGCCCUACUUCUAAGCACUGAAGACUACAACAUCAAAUGGCAGCAAAGGCAUGACAAACAGGGACGCGAAAUGGAAAGACUCAAGAACUGGGUGAACGAACACAAGCCAGACGCCCACGAACUGAAGGAGGCUUUAUGACCACAUGCCACCGAUCGAGUUUUAGACUGCGUUUUUUUGUUCGUGCCCCUUCUUCCUCUUCGGUAUAUUUUGUUUUUUCUAGUUAGGUCUGCUCCACCAGCAUUAUCUUCGUGCCCCUUGGCCUUGCAUCUUCUACUUCAUCUUCUCGUUCUAGUAGUCCUACAACUGCUUUCAUCUUCCCCUACUCCUAGUAGUCCUACAACUGCUUUCAUCUUCCCGGGAAGCUGCUACUCGUGUCGCUGCACUGGAGACCGAGCUCCAGGAGUUGCGAACAGCGCAGACGGACCUCCAAAACCGCAAUACAGAAGUGCAAAAAGCGCUCGAACACGAACAAGGAAUCAACAAGAAACUCCAAUUGACGAUUGACACAGUACAGGGUGACCACGGGUCGGAGAUCGACCGAUUGGAAGCGUCGUUGGCGCAAGCGAAUAAGCAGAAACGCACGUUCCAGAGUCAAAUUUCGGAACUGGAGGAAUCCUUGCAAAAACGGAGAGUGACACAGACGCAGGAGAGUGAAAGGUUUUUUCGAUUAUAUUGCAACUCUUGUUUGGACUAUUUUCUGACUCUUGUUUGUCUUAGAAGGUCCUCCUGAUACAAUAGAUACAACACGGAAUGCCAAUAGUACCCAUCAUUUUCUAUGAUGUACUAGGUGUGGCUGUGCUACAAGGGAUGAAAAGUGAAAUUCCUUCGCGCUCCACGACCCGCACCAUAGGUUAAACUCCGAAAAGUCCCGCGUUGACGAACUUGAAAAAGAGCUAGCAAAAGUACGGGAAAGCUGUACUGCGCUGAUCGGUGAGCGGGAUCAUUUCUCAAAACUAGUCGACCAAUGCUUCGAAAAGAUGAAGCGAGAGUCGGAAGACCGAAUCUUCCAAGUAGACCGAAGAGUCGUCUGCGACAGUCUGACGCAGUACUGCAAAGUCGACCGAGUGCUAGGGAGGUCAUUGUUUGAGGGAGUUUUGCACAUUACGGGGAGCGGUGCGAGGCAGUAUAGACCGAAAAUGGAAGCGAUUGAAGAAGAGUACUCUAACGACGUAUUUCGCGUCUAGAAAGUCCAGCAGCUGUCGUGAUGAAGAUUGAGUUUUUUUGCGGCCAUGCAGUAUGAAUCCAUUACAACAACUACUUGCUUCACACUCCAGCCAUCUAUCACGACUCCUUCAUGGUUCAACAUUUGAAAAACCUACUCAGGAACCACACCCAGAAGCAGGAAAUCCUCUCCCGCCUCGCCGACUCUUUAGGCUUCUCCGCUGACGAGCGUGAACAGGUUGGUUUGAAUAGGAGCCACCUGUUUCAUGCACUGAGGAAUGAGGGUUCCGCGGCCCACCUGAAUAGCCCAGACACUGGACGACGGUUGAUGAGGCAAAAGGAAGGGCGGGCGUCGACAGCGUCUAAGGGGUCUGGAUUGGGCUCUCAAUUCGUCGAUUAUUUAGAGCAGGAGGUCGCGGAUGAUGACGAUGAGAAUAAAUAGGACGUUCACGUUGUUUUUAAGCAUUUUUAGAAUAGACGUUGUUUUUAAGCAUUUUGCUUCUUGGGUCGUUUUUCUUUUUGUUUCACGAAUUGGAAUCGAUACAUUCAACCUGUCCUCACAUGUAAAAUCUCGAAAAACGAAAAUGACCUUUUCACUUGCUUUUUCAAGAAACGUAUCUGCAAAAUUGUAAGAAAGGUGCAGCUCCUGCAUCCAAAGGCGCACUUCUACAGCCUGUUAAAAUGCUACUCUAUCUCUUUUUACAUGUUGAUCUUCAACAAGAUGGCUUUGACUUGACUGCCAAGUCCAAAUAUUUUUGCGUGAAACAUGUGGAUGUGACAGAAAAAUCGAGUCAGUUUUACGACUAGCGAAAGGAGCUGCAGCACCAGCAGCUGCCGCACUCGAUGACAUUUUUGUAAGCCAAGCUGGUUGUAAUGAUCGACGGAAGAGCUGAAGAUGUGAAAACCAAUGAGUUGAGAGUUGUGCAUAUUUAUCGAGGGGUCCGUAUAGUGACAACAUAGCAUCGUUGCAGCUUGU